AUGACGUCAUCGGAUCUUGCGUCAUAUUUCCGACAUUGUGGAAUCAUAAAAAAAAUCAGUCCCGACGAAUUUGAUAUCACAAAAGUCAAGGAGUGCGAGAAUUCGAACGAAUGGAACCUUUAUUUCCUUCACGAAGAAUCUGCACAGAAAGCUAUUGAGUUUUAUGACGAAAGUGAGAUUACACGAGAUUGCAAGAUUGGAAUCAGUGGACUUUUCAGCGUGCAAGACACAGGGAAAGAACAGUACGACCAGAAGAGAGAGGACGAAUGGGACGACUCAAAAAUUGUCCACGUCAUUAUCAAAAACAUGUUCGACCUCACCACGGAGAAGCCACAAAGCUUCUUCGACGACCUGAAGAACGACAUCAAGAGCGAGGUAAGGAAGAGUUGUGGGCCUGUUGAUCGGGUUAUCGUCUUCAGCACAAAUCCUCAAGGGGUUGUUAUGCUUAAAUUUUACACAAACGAUGUCGCGGAGAAGUGCAUUAAACUGAUGAACGGAAGAUGGUUUGAUCAGAGACAGCUAACGUGUGAAUACUAUGACGGGUUCACAAAUUAUAAAAUAGAAGAGUCGAAAGAGCAGAAAGAGAAGAGGAUUAAAGAGUGGAGCGAGUACGUUGAAAAGCAGCAAUGA